AUGUCAGUCGAGCUUUUUAGGAAAGCUAAUACUUGUAGUAACUUGGCUUUGAAAAAGUUGGCCACAGAGGAGGGCAGACAUUCACGCUUUUGUGACUCCAUUCAGGUUCCGCUAACCAGGCUCAUCCCUGUCAGGAAUGAGGUAAAAAUGAGGAACACACAAAUUUCACAGUUGAAAAGUAUCUACAAGUCUGCCAGUGUGCCAGUGAGGGAGUCCCUGGUGACAGCCAUCAAAGCCAUUCUGCUCCCCCAGGACGACGGGACUUUCCCCUUCCAACAGACUUUGCCUGUGACAGGGGAUGGUAACCAUGGUAACAGUCUCAGUAAUCAGGUGUGUUGUGUGGUGGCCGAGCUACAGACCCAAGCCUGUACGGUGCUCGCUCAGUAUCUACAGGACAUCGAGUUCACUGAGGAGAUCAUUCAGCAUUGUGGAUCCACUAUUGAUAUUCUGAAGUCCCUGGCAAGGAUUAUAAUAAUUCGGGAGAAUCAGGUCCGGGCCUUUGUAUUCUCUCAGAACAUGACUGGAGUGACCUUCCUUGGUGACCCCAGCACAGGAAGUGGACUUCCCUGGGGCACCAUGAUCUAUGCCAACCAAUCAGUUCCACAACAGACUCCAAUGUUUUACUGGGAGCUGGAGAUCUGUUCGUUUGGAGACGGUCAGGAGGAGAACGAUGUGGUCAUCUCGUUUGGCUUUGCUCCGUCGGCCGACAAGAAAGAUGGAGCCUGGACUAACUCUGUAGGAACCUGCCUCUUCCUAAACAAUGGUAAGGCUGUCCACUACAGUGGAGCCAGUCUACUUCAUUGGAGGAGUGUUAGACUAGACAUCACCCUGAAUGCUGGGGACAUGACGGGUAUAGGGUGGGAGAGGACAGGAGAGUCCCCUGUACAGGGACACACCCCCAGGGGGAGGUCCUACUUCACAUAUAACGGGCACCGCCUCAAUGCCUACAUGGAUGAUGUGUCGGGUGGAAUGUAUCCUGUUGUUCAUAUUCAAAAAAAGAACACAAGAAUCAGAGCAAACUUUGGAAUGAGGCCUUUUGCUUUUGCCAAGGGACAGCAACACAUGGAGGGGGCUGAUGCAGCGAAUGACCUGACCAGAGAGAUCAGGGAGAGUUUCUGUCACCUGCCAUUCCACCCCCACACUGACAGUGAGAACGAGGGAAGCCCCCAGCCCUGAUACCACCAUUGUGGAGGAAAUCAAAGCCCUGAAAGGACCCCGCCAUGUAAAACUGCUACCAUACCAAAACCACAGAAUGGCAUGACAGAUAUUGCUUGACAUACAGUGGAGUUUCUUUAUGAAGAGAAUGAGUGGUUAAGGUGAUGGACUAGAAAUCCGAG